AUGGAUGAAUACACAGCCGAAGCCUUCGCCAACCGUGAUGAGCCCCUUCCGCUCAUCGCCGGUCCCUCUAGCGACGUGGAUGGUUCAUCCUCCGAGGCAGACAUUGCAAGUAACAAGCACAAGUCCAAGAGGGCGCACCUGGCAUCGAAGCUGAACAUCCAGCUACCAGACAGCACCGCCUCUCAGCCCGGAAGAAAUGAAGCCACACCCUCUUCAGCUGGGAGAAUCUCUCUCCAGGACCGCCUGUUUGCAAAAGUCCUUCAACGGGUUGUCCCAUCUGACGAUGGUGAUGAUGACCCAUCAACCAGUCCAACCAACGUCCCUUCAAGUGCAUAUGUCUCUCGCCCUGCAUUUAGCCUGCCAUUGAUGACAUACAACUUCCGCCGCUUCAACGCCCGCAUCGGCAUCGUAUUCGUCUUCCAGAAUCGUCUCAUCCGCCUCUUUACCUGGCAUACGCCGACUCACACCUUGUCCUUCCUGGCGACGUACUCGUUCAUCUGUCUUGACCCAUAUCUCCUUGUCGUGGUUCCUCUGGCCAUAGCUUUAUUCUACAUCAUGAUCCCAGCAUUCACUUCUCGCCAUCCGCCGCCUCCAACGAGUAGCACCAACAUGACGACAGACUACCAUCAAGCAUAUACAGGCCCAGCGCUUGCCCCAGCCGCGGUCAUAAAGCCCGCCCCUGAAACCUCAAAAGACUUCUUCCGCAAUAUGCGGGACCUACAGAACAGCAUGGCUGACUUCAGCAACGCGCACGACUUCCUGGUGGCAAAUGUCACGCCAGCAACGAAUUUCUCGGACGAGCAGUUUUCUUCCCAACUAUUUCUAUAUCUGAUCAUCCUGACCACGCUCUCAUUUAUCACCUCGUCUCUGCUUCCUUGGCGAUUGAUAUUCCUUGUCUUGGGAUGGGCUGCCAUCGUCUCUUCUCACCCCAGGGCACAGGCAUGGUUAUUGAAGAUGCAAAAGCAAGCAGAAAUUCAAGCAAGCCUUGCAUUGAACGACCCUACCCUUAAACACCAAAAGUACAUCCAUGGGAUCCCCCUCCCUGCCACACCGCAUGCGAUUCAAUCUGCAUUCGCUACGUUCUCUGAGAUCACCCUGUCAACGACGCCAGAGACAAGGGAAGUUGAGAUCUUCGAACUACAACAUCGUCCUCUCGCCAGUGCCGCUUCUAGUGGAAAAGCAGCUGAAUGGCAGCCCCAUCUCUUCACGCCUUCUCCCUAUGAUCCUCUCUCCCCAGCACGAAUCGCAGGCGACAGGCCGAGGGGUACCCGGUUCUUUGAAGAUGUUGAACCGCCAGAGGGAUGGGAGUGGGCAUCCAAAAAGUGGGAGUUAGACCUCGAAGCUGGGGAAUGGGUCAAUGAGAGACUCGUCGUGGGUGUCGAAUACGACGUUCUCAAUCGCGACGAGCCUCAGAAUAUCGAUGGGCCUUUAUCAGCCCAGGCCGCAUCCGGACCUGGAGACCACGACAACGAUGGCGUCAAAAACGACAACGAUACGAGAUUAAGAAGAAUCUCCACAAACCGAAGAGAAAGCAUCAAUCUCGAUUUUGGGGGUUGGGUGUGGGAUCUUCCGCCGCCGCCCGGGUCCGGCGUCAACAGAGACGAUGACCUCUGGCUUGCGUACGGAGAUUACGACGUUCCUAAAGUAGGUGUACAAAACAACUCCAGGGAGGAGGAAAAGGCCCGGAAGAAGAGGGAGAAGGAGCGGGAAAAGAGGGACAAGAAGGAGAAAAGUGGCGCUGUUGCAGUGAGGGAUUGGGAAGAGGCGACGAGGGUGGACAGCCGUGGGAGAACUGGGGAGUGGAGAAGAAGACGCUGGGUGAGGUUGGUCAAGAGGAAAGUGACGGUUUAA